GAUUACUAUAACAUGACUAACUGGAAGGAAAAAAUUGGAGAAAUUCAAAUCCACUACAACUAUAUACAGUCAACUAGAUAGUACGUUUCCAACCACACAUUGUUAAAACUAAAAACGACAACACUUGCUCUGCUCCAUAUUUUUCAUGACUCGUUAGAUUAGAUCCCAUCCCAUUCAUUUGAACCACACCAAUAUUAGUAAGAUUUUGUCCCAUAGUUACUUGCUAGCUGUCGUCAAUUUUCUCGACCCAACAACACUCCAAACAUUAUUUGCAAUUGCAUUGCCUUGUACGAAUCUCACCCACUUAAAAUAGUAAUCUUAAAUUCACUCACGACUGUAGUAGUAGUUUCAAGUAAUUAACAUAUCACAACGUUAACUUUAAAGUUUUUAGAUAUCUAUUCAUACAUGAUACAUUGCUUCUCAAUAAUCAAUUAGUACAGUAUUAGCCAUGUCUUUGUCACUACACAUUAUCGCUACUACUGCUUUAUUAUCCUUACAUUUCUUUCUCUUGUUUGUUAACUCAUCAUCAAUAGAUCCCUACAAAACACUUCACUUAAUCCUCAACCCAAACGGAACCGUCACACGUUUAGACACAAUCCCACAAUCCCCACCCUCACCGGAUCCCAAUCUCCCCACACCCGCUCUCUCCAAAGACCUCACCAUCAACCAAUCAAAACACACUUGGGCACGAAUCUACCUACCCCACAAAUCACCAAAGUCCAAACUACCCCUCAUCGUUUUCUACCAUGGCGGUGGCUUCAUUUUCUACAGCGCCGCUUCAACUUACUUCCACAACUUCUGCGCUAACCUCGCUAAUCAAACUCAAUCCGUCGUCGUUUCACUCGACUACCGCCUCGCACCAGAACACCGUCUUCCUGCAGCGUACUAUGACUCCGUGGAAGUGCUUCACUGGAUUAAAACCUCAAAAGAUCCAUGGUUGACACGUCAUGUUGAUUACUCUCGUUGUUAUUUAAUGGGAGAGAGUGCUGGAGGUAAUAUCGCCUACAACGCGGGUCUACGUGCGGCUUCAAUAGUUAAUGAGAUUAAACCGGUUAAUAUCAAAGGGUUGAUAUUGAUUCAACCGUUUUUUGGUGGGACCAAGAGGACACCGUCUGAAUUAAGACUUGAGAAGGAUCUGAAUCUACCGUUGAUUGUUACUGAUUCGAUGUGGAAUUUGUCGUUACCGUUAGGCGUUGAUCGUGAUUACGUGUAUUCUAAUCCGACGGUGAAUGGUGGGGGUAAGAUUUUGGAUAAGAUUAGGUUGUUUGGGUGGAAGGUUGCGGUGUUUGGUUGUGAUGGGGAUCAACUUGUGGACCGACAGAGGGAAUUGGUGAAGUUGCUUGAGGGUAAAAGUGUCAAUGUAGUGGGUCAAUUUUAUAGUGGGGGUAGACAUGGUAUUUUUGUGGGUGAUGCUUCCAUGUCUGAAAAGGUGUUCGAUUUGGUUAAGAGUUUCUAUUGAUGCAAUGAUGAGUCAUGUAGUCAAUACUUUGUUCUGUAGUUUGCUAUUUGCACUUUUGCAGUAUGCAGCAGUAUUUAUGGUCAUCUCUAGAGAUCUUUGCCUUUGGCAUGUUAAAAUAAAGGAUUUCUUGCAAUGAAUGAAUGAAUCCCAUGUUUUUCAGGAUUUA